AUGAGAGAUCUGCCAUCCAAGGAAGCAAACCUCUUCAGGGAAAUCUUGAAAUGCUACGAGCUCAAGCAGUACAAGCGUGGAUUUAAAGGAGCAGACCAGAUCCUGAAAAAGUUCCCUGAACAUGGAGAGACACUUGCGAUGAAAGGAUUGUUUUACAACCACUUGGAGAAGAAGGAGCUAGCGUUUGAGUUUGUCAAGAAGGGAAUCCGCCACGACAUGAAGAGCCAUAUUUGCUGGCACGUUUUUGGACUGUUGUACAGAUCAGACAAGAACUACGAGGAGGCUGCCAAGUGCUAUGCCCACGCACUCAAAUACGACAAGGAAAACAUCCAAAUUCUUCGGGAUCUGUCGCUGUUACAGAUUCAGAUGCGUAAUCUGGAGGGCUAUGUCGACACGCGCCACAUCCUGCUGGAGUUGAGACCCCAAAACCGUCAAUACUGGGUUGCUGUCGCUAUCGGAUACCAACUUCUCGGCAAACCAGAACUCGGCGUCAAGGUCUUGACGACCUACGAGGAGACACUCAAGGAUCUUCCCUCGACCCCCGACUAUGAGCACAGCGAGUUGUUGCUCUACCACAACACCUUGCUGGAGGAAGCUGGCGAUUUCCAGGUUGCACUGGAUCAUCUGGACACGAUCGAAAAGCAAGUCUGCGAUCGCAAGGCCAUCAAGGAGAAGCGCGCAAAGUACUUUUUGGCAUUGGGACGACUGACCGAGGCUGAGGCUGCGUACAGGGAACUCUUGUCGCUCAACCCUGACAACAUGGGUUAUUUUGAGGGACUCGGCAAAAGCUUGGGACUUGGAAGCGAUUGUCAGACGGAUGAGGACGAGGUCAAGAUCCUAGAGAUGUUCAAGCAACUCCAGAAGGAGUACCCUCGAUCGAACGCUGCCAAGCGUUUGCCCUUGCGUUAUGCGACGGGCGAGGCCUUUGUCAAGGUCACGGACGAAUACAUCCGCAGCAUGCUCCGGAAAGGUGUCCCUUCGUUAUUCGUCAACAUCAAGACCCUCUACUCCGACAGUGCCAAGCAAGCUGCUGUCGAGAAGCUCGUUCUCGGAUACCUGAUCGCCCUCGACAAAUCCCGGGGCUUUGACCACUCUGGCGCGGUUGUAGAGCCACCAACAGCACUUUUGUGGACAUUGUACUUUUUGGCACAACACUUUGACUUGAAGCGCGAGACGGAGCAGGCAUUGGAAUACAUCAACCGGGCCAUUGAGCACACUCCCACAUUGGUUGAGUUGUACAUGGCCAAGGGACGUAUCCUCAAGCACGCUGGAGACCACGUCGCUGCCAUGGCCGCCUUGAACGAGGCACGUGAGCUGGAUCUUCAGGACCGAUUCAUCAAUACAAAGUGCACAAAGUACAUGCUCCGAGCCGACAACAUGGCCGAUGCUGAGAAGACGACGAUUCUUUUCACGCGCGCGGAUAUCCCCAACCCUUUGAACGAUUUGGUUGAUAUGCAGACUCAGUGGUUCUCGCUCGAAGCUGGAGAGAGUAAUGUGCGCCAAGGACAGAUCGGUCGUGCCCUCAAGCGCUUCCAUCAGAUCGACAAGCACUUUAACGAUUACACGGAGGACCAGUUCGAUUUCCACACCUACUGUCUCCGCAAGAUGACCCUGAGGGCCUACGUCUCGAUGGUGCGUUUGGAGGAUCAGCUGCGUAGCCACCCUUAUUACGUCCGUGCGGCUCAGGAUGCAGUUCAGUGCUACGUCCGUCUGUUCGACAAGCCCGAUGGCUCAGAGUCGGAAGAGAUGGAGGGUAUGACCGAGGCCGAGAAGAAGAAGUUCAAGAGCAAGCAGCGUAAGGCUGAACUCAAGGCACAGCAGGAGGCUGAGGAAAAGAAGAAGAAGGCCGCUGCGACUGCUGCCGAGACUGCCAAGAAGGCUGGAGGUAACGCUGCCGCUGCAGCUGCGGCUGUUAAGGGCGAUGAGGAUCCUGAGGGUACAAAGUAUACAAAGUGUGAGGACCCUCUGGGAGAGGCGCUCAAGUUCUUACAGCCACUGCAACAGUUGGCUGAUACCCGUAUCGAAACCCAUCUCAUGGCCUUUGAGAUCUAUGUCCGCAAGAACAAGCUGUUGUUGGCACUGAAGGCGCUGUUGAAGUCGAUCAAGAUUGACGCCAACCACGCUACUUUGCACGAGCAGCUCGUCCGGUUCACCCUCGCCAUCCAGAAAUCAUCCUCUGCCAAGACCCUCAAACCCAGUGUCAAGGCCGUCAUUGACAAGCACUGGUCAGAACUCUAUGGCACCCACGGACAAGAUCUGACUGCGUUCAAUGCAGGAUUUAUCGAAAAAACCAAGGACCAGGGCUCAGUCGCACAUGUGAUCUCGGCGGCCAUGUCGGUGUACCUGAUUGACCCCUCCAAGAGCCUAGCCAAGGCCGAGGAGUUGUUGUUUUCUGUCGAAGAUGAAAAGAGGUUUGGGCGGACGCGGACAUUAGAGAAUGUGAUCCUUGUGCAGAAGACGUUGAAGGGGUUUAAAUCUGCUAGGCAGCAGGAGUGGAAGGCGAAGGCUGGAGUCUGGUUCCCUAAUGCUGUCGCCUUCAAGUAA